UUAGAUAUUAUACGGAAGCACACAGUUUCUGACGUGCCACAGCUACAGUCUCUUUUUGUGGGGGACUGGAGUCAACAGGACUUUAAUCGCAUUAAAGUCCCUCCGACCCGAGAGAGGUACGGAGAAUGGGAUCCGGAUCGCGGAGUGCGGGCCGCGAUCCUUGGCCCACGCUGGCAUCCAUCGCGGCCAUCAUCUGCUGGAUUAGCUGGAUACCUUCGGCCGUUCACUCCGCCCUGCCGUCAGAUGCGGCAGAUUUGUUGGAAGCUGUGGGCAUUAGCCAACUACCCUUGGGUGUAGUAAAUACUACGGGUAUUUGCGAUCAGAGGGCGGUAGCUAUCGAUGACGGAAUUCCCGUGUACGGACGAGCUGAUCAAGCCUAUCGGCUGACCCAAAGAGCCGUUCUCACCGUUUCCACCGCUCAAGUCUUCCAAGAGGGAUUCCCCGAUGAUCUGAGCAUCGUCGCGACGUUGAGGCCGGCCCAGGGUGUCAACUCUGUCCUGUUUGCCGUCUACAACGACGCUGGCGACGAGCAACUGGUCGUCUCGGUCGGCAAGACCGUGUCCAUCACCUACCAGGAAGGCGACGAUGAAGGCAACAGAAGUCCACCUCUUCAGGUCGACUUUGGAGUCAGGAUGAACGACGGAAAGUGGCAUCGCCUGGGAAUCAGCAUCAAGGGCAAUGCCGUCACUCUGAUCAAAGACUGCGAGCAGCAAGUGACCAAGCCGCUGCCCAGACAAGGCCAGAAAUUGAGCAAUUCCGGCAUCAUUCUCAUCGGUCAACAACUUCUCGAUGAAAGUUUCUACUCGGGAGAUUUACAACAAUUGAUUUUGGUACCAUCACCCGAGUCAGCGUACGAAGUAUGCAAACAGUUUAUGCCAGACUGCAGCAAGCCUAUUGGCAAAGUGGGCGAUUCGGGCCGUAACGGCGCAUCAUCUUCCAAUACGAAACGGCAACUUCCUCUGAGUGUAACAGCCUCCGCUGGAGCCGAGACCUUGGUUUACGCCCAAGCUCCAAAUGGAAGUUUCGUGGAGAACGAAGGAUCUGGUGAUGGUGUAGGUAUCGGUGGAAACAAUGGUGGCAAUUAUUAUUUGCCGGGGCCACCAGGACCAAGAGGUUAUGCUGGACCUCCAGGUCCCCUUGGUCCACGCGGUCAAAAGGGUGAGCCCGGACGCGAUGGAUUGAAUGGCAAUAUAGGAAUCCAGGGACCACCAGGUCACGUUUUCAUGAUUCCGUUGAGUCUUCAAGGCAACGAGAAGGGACCAGACGCUCAAGCGGAACAAUUCCGCCAGAUGCUCUCUCAACACAUGAUGGCCAUGCAAGGCUCUCCCGGCCCUCAAGGUAUGACUGGUAUUCACGGCCCUACAGGACCACCGGGAUCGGAAGGUCAAAAAGGAGAACCCGGCGAUACGGGUGAACCGGGUCCUCGAGGUCUUCGUGGUAUGAUGGGACUCCCAGGACGAGAAGGUAAACGCGGUCGCCCUGGACGUGAUGGCGAACGCGGCUCUACUGGCCCACCAGGAGUUAAAGGCGAACAAGGUAACCAGGGACUACUGGGUUUGCCCGGCGAGAAAGGAGAUCGAGGUGAGAUCGGUAACACCGGAGACGUCGGUCAACCCGGACACGACGGCCAACAAGGUGAAGACGGACCUGCAGGCUUGCCUGGUAUGCCUGGUGAAAUGGGUCCACGAGGAUUCCCCGGACAGAGAGGCUUUCCUGGUCUUCCUGGACCUCCAGGCAUUCCUGGUAGUGAAGGUAUUACUGGUCCCAAGGGAAACACUGGUCCAUCUGGAGGACCCGGAGCCCCUGGUCAAACCGGACCCAAUGGUCCUAUUGGCCCACCUGGACCGCAAGGAGUUCUAGGACCACCUGGAACGGCUGGUCCAAGAGGAAAACCCGGUUUGCCAGGUUUACCCGGUGCUGAUGGUCUACCAGGACCAUCUGGCAAUCCUGGAACACCCGGAUCGAAAGGUGACACUGGAAGCACUGGAGCUCAGGGUCCAGUCGGUUUCCCAGGUGUCCGUGGUCCUAAAGGUGAUCAAGGUGCUCGAGGACCGUUGGGCGAGAAAGGUGACAAGGGCGAUAAAGGUGCGGACGGUGACAAAGGAGACGUCGGUCAAAAGGGCGAACGAGGACCGCAAGGUCUUCAAGGAACAGCCGGUUUGGAAGGACCCGAAGGACCUAAAGGUUUUGAAGGCCCUCGCGGUGAAGCUGGACCACCAGGCCCUACUGGAGAGAAAGGAAAAUUGGGUGUACCCGGUUUCCCUGGCUACCCUGGACCACCUGGAGAGAAAGGAGACAAAGGCACACCCGGGCGGCCUGGAACACCCGGCGACAAAGGAGAUCGAGGCAACACUGGAACUCCAGGAGAACGUGGAGAGCAGGGUCCGCGCGGUUUCAGAGGAUCUCGCGGCCGAACGGGCAAACAAGGAGUUACUGGACCUAAAGGUGAUACUGGACAACCCGGCCCACCAGGCACACAAGGAGAGCGAGGUCUGCCUGGAUCUGAGGGAGUUCGAGGACUUACAGGACAGCAGGGUCUAUCUGGUCUUCAUGGCAAGGACGGAGUACCUGGACCACCGGGCGAGCGCGGGCCUCCAGGUCAACCAGGCGCCGAUGGGCCAAUUGGAGCUCCCGGAGUAGUUGGAUUGCCCGGUCAAACAGGUGAGGGAGGUCCGACUGGAGAACCCGGUGAAGCAGGUCCUCCUGGCGCUCCCGGUGAGCCUGGACAUUCGGGUGAUGCUGGUAAAGAAGGCCCACAAGGACCCCCUGGUCCGCAAGGCAAGCAAGGUCCCAUUGGUCCAUCCGGAUUGCCAGGUUUCCCCGGCGAACGUGGUCUCGCUGGAUUACCAGGUAUGCCCGGACUUAAAGGAGAAAUGGGACCUGUUGGUCCAGCCGGUCCGGCAGGAGACAAAGGACAGCAAGGAGAAUCUGGUAAAGAAGGACCACCUGGUCCUGAAGGUAGAGCUGGUCAACAAGGUCCGCCUGGACCAUCUGGUGCCAAAGGUGACACGGGAGACCCUGGAAUUCCCGGUCCAACUGGAAGAGAUGGACUCCCGGGACAACGCGGUUUGCCAGGACCACCAGGACCUAUGGGCCCGCCAGGAGAAGACGGUGAUAAGGGAGAGGCCGGCAAACCCGGUGAGAAAGGAUUCAAAGGAGGGAAAGGAGAUUCUGGACCUCCUGGACCGAACGGCAACCCCGGUUUACGCGGAGAAGUGGGACCGAUCGGCCCUCCGGGAGAACGAGGUCCCCCUGGUGAUAUUGGACGACGAGGUGGCAAAGGAGAAGACGGACCUCAAGGUCCUGGUGGACCACCUGGUCCCAUCGGAAACCAAGGUCUGCCCGGCCCUGGUGGAGUUAAGGGAGAGAAAGGAGACUUUGGUCAAAAGGGUCCAGUUGGCCCGGCUGGCGCUCCCGGAGAACAAGGACCUCCUGGUACCAAAGGUGUUCAAGGUUUACCCGGAGCACCUGGACCAGAGGGUAAUCAAGGACCCAAAGGUGAAACCGGAAUCACUGGACCACCUGGUCCACCCGGCCAGGAUGGAGCUCAUGGUAAAAGAGGACCAGCCGGACCUAAAGGAGAAGAAGGAAAGCCUGGCAUCCAAGGUGCACCUGGACCACGAGGUGUUGCUGGCCCCGAAGGACCUAAGGGAAGCCCGGGUAAUCCAGGUUUCCCUGGACCAAACGGCGAGCCUGGCGAACAAGGGCCAAAGGGAGAACCGGGCAAAGAUGGUUUGGACGGCAAAGCAGGCGAAACCGGCCUUCCAGGUGAAGCUGGUGCUCCGGGUAAAAUGGGCUUGCCGGGAUCUCCUGGCAAACCUGGACCAGAAGGACCAGCUGGUGUUCAAGGCAGCACCGGUCUUCCUGGUGACAAGGGCGACAAAGGUACUCAGGGUCUACCUGGACCUCAGGGUUCACCGGGAGAUCAAGGUGUCCACGGACCUCAAGGACCUCCUGGACUCCGUGGCUCUCCAGGACCCGCGGGUGAUGUUGGACCUCCAGGCAAGCCGGGUAAGGCCGGCAACCCUGGACCUAACGGCGAAGCCGGUAUAAGAGGUGAAAAGGGCGAUCGCGGCCGACGAGGACCUAAAGGACAUCGUGGUGAGUUGGGAGCUGCUGGACGUAAAGGAGAAGUCGGUGAGAAGGGUGAGGGCGGAGAACGCGGAGUUCAAGGACCUGUUGGACCUAAAGGCGAACCGGGACCACUUGGACCGAUGGGUCAAAAAGGAAACGAUGGACCUCAAGGUUUACCCGGAUUGGAAGGACCCCCUGGACCUAAAGGAUCUGAGGGACAAACUGGACCUAAGGGAGAUUCUGGACCUUCUGGACCUCCUGGACCUCCUGGUCCACCAGGAGAGUUGCCUCUUCUGCCUCCAGAAUUGCUCUUCCAACGAGACAGUCCAGCGGCACCUGCCGGACGCAGGAAACGCGACUCAGCCGACGGUGAAGAAGAAGAGUUCGACGAUCGCUAUAAGCGCGCAGUUGGUGGCAAGUCUGACGACGGACCCAAAGAAGAUCUGAACGGCAAGCUGCUGGACAUGUACAGUUCCAUCUACACGAUGCGACAGGACCUGGAGCGCAUCAAGAAACCGCAAGGCUCCAAGGAGAACCCGGUCCGAUCGUGCAAGGACUUGUACUUUGGCCACCCGCAGUUCAAAGACGGUUGGUACUGGAUCGACCCGAAUUUGGGCAUGCCGGACGACGCCAUCUACGUUUUUUGUAACAUGACUGGCUCGGGUGAGACUUGCGUCUACCCGGACCUUCAGUCGUCGAAAAUGCCCAACAUUCCUUGGCGCAAAGAGGGUGGCAAAGAGGACUGGUACUCGAACAUGCGUGGAGCUUCCAAGGUGACGUACGAAACGGUGGGUGUGGUCCAGAUGACCUUCCUGCGUUUGUUGAGCCAAAAGGCCCACCAGAAUUUCACCUUCACCUGUGUCAACUCGGCCGCCUGGUACAAUCAGCGCACCUUCAAUUACGAUCAGGCCAUCAAGCUGCUGGGCGAUAACGAACAGGAAUUCAGCGCCAAAGGAGUCCGACCCAACGUCAUUCUAGACGGAUGCAAAAAUCGCAAGGGCAGCAGUAAAACCGUCUUCGAGAUCCGCAGCGACAAGCUGGGCCAGUUGCCCAUUAUCGAUUUCUUCCCGGUCGAUUACGGUCAACCUCACCAGGCCUUUGGUUUCGAGGUCGGACCCGUCUGUUUCAAAUGAUUGAGUUUUUUUGUGCAGCGAAAUCAACGCCCAUCAACGUAAUCCAACCAUCACCACUAAACGACAAAGCAACAACGGGCCAAAAAAAAAAAAAAAUGACGACGACACACAUACACACACACAGACAUAUUUACAAACAUACACACACACCCAGUGGAAGAAAACAAAAAACUAUUCUCUCACACACAAAUCAACCGGCGCAAGAUGAUAAACCAUUCAGAUUUAUGGUUGGUUUCUUUAUCUUUUUUUUUUGUUUUUGUUUUUUUCCUCACCGGUUUUUUUUUUCAUGUCUUUUUUUUUUCUUCUUCCAUUUUUUUUUCCCCUUUAUAAAUAUUCGUAAAAAAAAAAAAACGCUUUGAAAA